AUGGGCAAAUGGACCGAGGAAUCGCUGGAUGGAGAGCUCCUCCGCAAGCUCAAGAUCGCCCUCGAACACUCAAUCGCUGAGCUCAACGAAGCAAAUGGAGCCAACAUCCAGCUCGAGCAGUUCGUCGAAGCGCUGGACCCGGCAAGCCGCACCGUCUCGCGCCUGAUGGCGGCGGUGGUCAAGGAAACCAUCUCGCCGCGCCGCCCGUCUGAGCCAGGCUCGCCUGCAAUUAGCGUCGCCAGCAUGCGCGGUGGACAUUCACCUGCCGUUGACGGCAGCGGGGUCUGGCUGCCCAAUGCCCGGCGGAGCCGAAGCUCGGUGGCCAACGUCGACCUGGACCAUGUGCGCAAUCUGAUGGAGGCCAUCGAGAUCGUGUCGCCCAACAUGGUUGGCGCCGACAUUGGCGUGGGUUCGCCGAUUCCCGAGAUGCGCAGCGGCUGGUCGCUGCCCAGGCAGGCGCACCACGAGCAGAUGCUGCCAGCUCCAGCCAACGCGGGCAGCUACUCGCAGACACACGCGCUCAGGCACCGCCGCACAUCAGUGCAGAUGUCGGCUGGGCAGGGGAUCCCGAUCCGCCCGUCGCGGUCGCGCAACCGCAGCUCGCAGAUCGACCCGCUCGAGUUUGCAGAGUACGCUGUGGCGCACAUGCGUCCCAGCCCACGGUUCACGCCCAUGGGCCACGGGUUCCCGCUCAGCAGCUCGGCCACCAGCGAGUCGCGCUCGUCGCUGCCGCGCUCGUUCUUGGCGCAGCAGGCGCGCGACGGCCACAUGGCGCACCAGCACCCCGGUGCCAGUGCGCUUCUGAACCUGCCGCGGCAGCACGGGAUCGAGGAGGCCCGCCGCAUGUACGCCCAGCACGCUGGCCUGGGACGCAGCUGCAACAGCGGCCUCAGCAACGGGUCGGGGGAGACGUCGCCUGGCAGUGGCCGCUCGUCGCUGAGCCCGGCCAUGCAUGACAGUAGCAGCAGCGCAAUGGCUUGA